AUGGCGUCCGCGGCCACAAGACCCACCUUCACCUUCCACCUCACGACAUCCCGUUCCCACUCAAAACCCACAACCAAAUGCCAUUUCCCCAAACUAAGACCACCGUCCAUUUCCCUCCACAAGCCUUCCCAUUUCGCCAUCUCCUCCAUUGAUGUCUCCAAGGAAGACAAACCGCCGACCUCUGAACCCGCCGCCCAGGCCAGCGAACCAGUGGCCGAGCUAUCAUCAGAAACGGAGGCCGGGCAGCAAUUCGAUUUCGACCAGCGGAGGCUGGAGGAGAAGUUUGCAGUGCUGAACACGGGGAUCUACGAGUGCAGGUCGUGCGGGUACAAGUUCGACGAGGCGGUCGGCGACCCGUCGUACCCGGUUCCACCGGGCUUGCCGUUCGAGCAGCUCCCGGCGGACUGGAGGUGCCCGACCUGCGGAGCUGCCCGGAGCUUCUUCCAGAGCAAGAGCGUGGAGAUCGCCGGGUUUGCCGAGAACCAGCAGUAUGGGCUGGGAGGGAACGCGCUCACUUCUGGGCAGAAGGCCAUUUUGAUAUACGGGAGUUUGCUGCUCUUCUUUGCUCUCUUCUUGGGCGGCUACUUCCUGCAAUGA